AUGGAUGCCAAUGUGCAAUUAAUGAGCGACUCGGCUAAGCGGCGACGCGACCAGAAUCGCCUAGCUCAACGCAAGUUUCGCGGUGAGCAUCCAGUAUCCAGCAAGUGCCAAGCUGUGUCGAUCAUACCGCUAAUCAGAGUUUCGUUGACAGAGAAGAAGCGGUGGGCGGCGCACAAUGUUGCUCUAGAGGCGUCUCAAUCACAUCAGUCGAUUUCAACAGUCAACAACGUGGAAAUCCCGAUCAACUCCUUGCCGGCGUUCCCGAAUGCAGUCCCCAGACGGACAGGAACUCUGUCUCCAAACGAAAUCCAGAUCACUAGCACAAGGCCAGGGCCCAUAGAGCACCUCGAUCUCGACGCGAUUCACCCGUUAUGGGAUCAUAUCAACGCCGACCUCUCCUUUCCAUCCGAUUCAUUACCCCUUCAGCCAAGCUUAGCACACGCGAAUUUCCCUCACAGUGACUCCUCCAGUCCCACUUCACACACGGCGCUCUCCAACAGCGCAUCAAGCAACCACAUGAGGUCGCUUUCUCAAUCCGAAAAUAGCCAUAGCCCGCCAUUCCAACGCAGAACAUCCGAUUCCGAUAUUCGCCCAGACGGCCAAUGUCUCCAGCUACCACAUUCUCACAAAGACGAUACGGUACUGGAACUGAUUACAUCUGCAAGAAGUGAUAAGGGAUGGAUUGGCGCACUUCACAUUGCCGCUCAAGGGAGGCGCGGACGUCAAUGCCAAAGCACACAAAUGUCCGUAUACGGGCAAUGUCAUGCCGCUGAUGGAUCGUCAGCGAUAACAUGGGCGAUGACUUGGGAUGGGGACUAG